AUGAUCGGUGAUGGAAAACUUUGCACUGACUACUUCAUGAAUCAUAUGAUGACUAAUGGGAAAGAAUUUAAUCAGGGAAGAAUUAAUCUGACCGAUCAAAGAGUUAAUGAACAAUAUGUUAGGCCUGAAAAUGGCUAUAAAAGGCAUUCUGCUAACAAAUCUGCACGAAAAGGUUGCAGAGAAACAAUCACAGCUUAUCAAAAUUCAAAUAAUUUUCAGAGGCCAUUUGUUAUGAAACGUUCACAUUCAAUGACUGAUUUAACAAAUGAAUAUCGAAAAAUAGGACAAGCUCGUAUUGAUCAAAGUAACGAAUAUAUAAAUAAUGGUUUUACAAAUUCAAUUCGCACAUCAAACAGGUCACAAAUAACAGUAGGAAAAAUGCCAUGUUCAAGAUAUGUACAUCGUAGUGGAAGUUUGAAAAAUUUUAAAAUGCCAACAACCGAAGGAGUAAGGCGAAUUUUGUCUCGUGAAGAAAUAAAUCUGACAAACAGUCUUCGAACAAAUAAUGCUCAUAUAACUUCGCCAAACAAUAAUUUAAAAUCGUUAGUCUCAUUUGAUCCAAAAAGUAAAAUUUUGCUUCGGAUACAUAAUCAUAUUGAUGAUGAUGCUGAUGUUGGUGAUAGUUGUGAUAGAGAAGAUAGUAAUACUUACCAUCAACGACAGCAGCAACAACGACAAAAGCAACAGAAGCAGCAGCAACAAAGGAUAUCCGGAAAAACAUCAUCUACUAGGGCAGCGGAACAUAUGCAACAUCAAAAUUCAAAAUAUUCAUCAAUGAAUAAUCUCGUAACAAUUUGUCAACCAAAUGAUCUUAAUUUUGGUUUUAUUGCUGCUGAUAACAAUGGAUACUACAAUCUUAACAGUUUCGAUCAAAACUGUAAUCAGAGAUCAUCAAAUUCUCUACGACCAAGAUCUAUUUGUUAUAGUAAAUACGGCGACGAUAUACUGUAUAAUGGAAGAAAAGAGUGCAAUUACGAGAAGUCUUCAGCUAUUGAUCAUCCAAAAUCAUCGAUCAUAUCAGGCGUAUCAACAUUUAACAGCAAUGAUUUUCUUGUUUGA